AUGUUGUUUUCACACCACUCUUCGUCAUUGUCAGAAACUACAAAUUUUCACACCUUCUCAACAACAACAACUCGAUCCCUCUUGUUAAGAUCCAUCAAUGUAACACAAAGUUCAAUACCAUCCACAGCAGAGAAUAUUGGCGCUCUAUGUAAUUCAGCCAUUUUCAUUGUGGCUCUUUCUUCACUGAUGGGAAUUUUAUUGAGUUUUUACAUUCGAGCUCGUCAUGAAAUGAAAUUCAAGCAAAAGAUUCUCUUUUUCUUGACUGGUGUUUUGGUAGUCACUGAAAUUGUUGCUCUCGUGUUGCGAGUGGUGUACAACAGCACAGCAGAAUAUAUGAAUGGAUACGAUUGGAGGAGAUUUCCAAAUUUGUUGGAUUACAUGAUUGUCGAGUGGGUCUUUUCAGUGAUGGAAAAUGCUUUGGCUUUCUUUGCGAUUGUGAACAUCACAGUUAUUACUGGAUUUCUUCAAGAUAUGUUUUUAACCACAGCAACAGCUGCAGGAACCAUCUCUAAAAAGUAUUACGCUCUCCUCCGAUGGUCUCUCUUCUCCAUCAACAUGAUCUGUAGUGGUGUCAUGGCCAUUCUCGUCAUUCUCAAUGCCAUCAUGAACCUUUUGGCAAGAAUGACACUUCUCAAUAGUUCCGUAGUCGUUCCUGUCCAAAUCAUUCUUCUCGUCAUUUAUUGCGUUCUUUCCUUAAUGAAUUUAACAGUAUUUUGUGUCAUUAGUCUUCGACUCUUAUGGUACGUGAGAAAAACGUCACGCAAUGUCUCUGCAGCACGUGACAAGGAAUCUUCAAAAUUCAUGACAAAACCCUUUACCAAAAUUUGUGGACUCAUGUUAGGAAUGUUAUUGAGCUCGUUUUUACAAAUUGUUUCAGCCAUUGUUUCAUUCUUUACGAGUAACUAUGCAAAUUAUUUACACGUGUUGGAUUACUUGUUGCAAGCACUGGGAGUUUUAGUCUUUGCUGUGUUUGUCAUGUUGUUAUACAUUCCAUUGUGGAAUGAUCAAAGUGACAAGGAUGCUCGAAAUUAUGUGUUGAAUACAUGUACGAACGGUCGUCGACAAAGUAUUGUGCAUUGUGCGAACAUUCCUGUGAAUUCGAAUCAAAAUAAUUGCAAUAACACUAGUGGUUCGAAUGGUGAUACAACCACCACAAGUAAUGAAAUUACUGAAAAAGAUGUCAUGACGAUGGUUGAGGAAAAUUAUGAAAAGAAAUCAGAAUUGGAAAUGAUUAAGGAAGAACCAUCUCCAGCAACUCCUUCGUUGCAACAUGUAGAAAUGCAGGAAAUUACCAUCAAUGAUGAGAAUAACGUGUAG